GAGGAAAUCGACAACCUUUCAGCCCUGCUGGAAAAUCCUGACCCGCUUUAUAAUCCCGAUCUGCAAAAUACGGGAGCCAUUCCUAAGAAGAAAUCGACGAAGAAAACCGGUUCUUUGCACACCGACGAUCCCUCCGCUUCCGUGGAAAAUCUUAUUCGCUUGGAAGUUUUGCGAAAGGAGAAUUUGGUAACACAGCUUCAAAUUACCGAAACGAAACUAAAGUUGGCUCAGCUAAACGCGAACGUUUCGUCUCCAGCUUCUGAUGCCGUGGCAGCCACACCCCCAUCUUCUUUGACGAAGCUUCGGUUGGCUAUUGUGCCUAACGCAUCUUCAUCGCCA